CCCUCUGGGUGGCGCUCCCUCAUCACCGCCAGACCCGAGCUGAGGCCCUUCGGGUCCCUAGCAGAGUGCAUAUCUGAGCCCAGGCCACGCUCUCCGGUUCUCGCUCUGUGCUCCUGCUGAGGGGACAAUGGCAGCUUCCUGUGUCCUCCUGCACACUGGGCAGAAGAUGCCUCUGAUUGGUCUGGGCACCUGGAAGAGUGAACCUGGACAGGUAAAAGCAGCCAUUAAGUAUGCCCUUAGUGUCGGCUAUCGCCACAUUGACUGUGCUGCUGUCUACGGCAACGAGACUGAGAUUGGGGAGGCCCUGAAGGAGAACGUGGGACUGGGCAAGGCGGUGCCUCGGGAGGAGCUGUUCGUGACAUCCAAGCUGUGGAACACCAAGCACCACCCUGAAGAUGUGGAGCCUGCUCUCCGGAAGACGCUGGCAGACCUCCAGCUGGAGUAUCUGGACCUGUACCUGAUGCACUGGCCUCAUGCCUUUGAGCGGGGAGAUAACCCCUUCCCCAAGAAUGCCGAUGGUACCAUGCGCUACGAUUCCAUUCACUACAAGGAGACCUGGAAGGCUCUGGAGGCAUUGGUGGCUAAGGGGCUGGUGCGAGCUCUGGGCCUGUCCAACUUCAACAGUCGGCAGAUCGAUGAUGUACUCAGUGUGGCCUCUGUGCGCCCAGCUGUCUUGCAGGUGGAAUGCCACCCAUACCUGGCGCAGAACGAGCUGAUUGCCCAUUGCCAAGCACGUGGUCUGGAGGUGACUGCUUAUAGCCCUUUGGGCUCCUCUGAUCGUGCAUGGCGUGAUCCCAAUGAGCCCGUCCUGCUUGAGGAACCAGUGGUCCUGGCACUGGCUGAAAAGUAUGGCCGAUCUCCAGCUCAGAUUUUGCUCAGGUGGCAGGUCCAGAGGAAAGUGGUCUCCAUCCCCAAAAGUGUCACUCCUUCUCGUAUCCUUCAGAACAUCCAGGUGUUUGACUUCACCUUUAGCCCAGAAGAGAUGAAGCAGCUAGAUGCCCUGAACAAAAAUUGGCGCUAUAUCGUGCCCAUGCUUACGGUGGACGGGAAGAGGGUUCCAAGAGAUGCAGGGCACCCUCUGUACCCCUUUAAUGACCCAUACUGAUUGAUAACACCGAGGUCAAGGGUUUGGAUCACUGUACUGGACAGCUGCCAAAGAAAAAUGAUCCAUACUAGACCACAGUUUCCUGACUUCCCUUCCAGCUCUCCAGCUAUGAGGUCCUGCCACCACCUGAAAGAAGGGGUUGAUAAAACCAUUGUAGCAUCCACA